GCACGAAGAUUCGCACAGAACAAGAAUCGUGUGGACUACUGCGGUGCACCCACAUCACGGGCACAAAAGUUAUUAACUAACGCCGAGGAAGAGGAACACGUCUUGCACUUGGCGGGAGCACGCAAGGUAACACUCGUCAUCAGUUUAUUUUUUCAAAGUGCACUCGUACCAAACCCCCUUAAACAAAAGAAAACCCCCAAGACAAGACGCUUCUUCUCCCGCCGUCCAACUCCCAUCGCGACAGGCUGCAUGAAGGCAGCCGACAAUCCUUGUAGGCUACGUGCGAACUGCAUUUCCCAGCAUGCAGCGUGACACAAACGCACGAGAUACAAAGGAUCGCGUCGCUUUGGGAGAGAUGCUGCUGCGCUCUCAGCCCGACAACAUCAGCACCAGCUUGCUUAACCGUAGUCGCUUUGGAUAGCCAAGGCGGAGGGAAUACGAAACAAAAACCGAUCAAAUUGUUCCGGAUCUGCGGACCGGCUCCAUGGGGGAACAGAGGGAGUCGCUGCGGAAGAUCUCCACCACCUUGGCGCUGAAGAAUGAGGAGAUCCAGAACUUCAUCUGCUGCCUGAAACAGAGCCUGCAGAACCUGGAGUCGAACUCCAGCCGGGUGCUGGGGGACCUGGAGGCGGAGUUUAGCUCCCUGUACUCCGUGCUGGACGAGCUGAAGGAGGGGAUGGUGACGCGCAUCAAGCAGGAGAGAGCCAGCCGCACGUAUGAGCUGCAGAGCCAACUGAGCGCGUGCACCAAGGCCCUGGAGAGUUCCGAGGAGCUGCUGGACCUGGCCAAUCAGACGCUGUGCAGCUCCGAAAUGGACGGCUUCAACCGAGCGGCCAAAGAGAUAAAGGAUAGUGUGACCAUGGCCCCUGCCUUCCGCCUGUCCCUGAGGGCCAAGGUCAGUGACAACAUGAGUCACAUGAUGGUGGAUUUCACCCAGGAGAGGAACUCAUUGCAGGCUCUCAACUUCCUUCCAGUGCCCGCCACCCCGGAGAUACAGGUGUCCGAGUGCCAGGUGUGCGACAACACCAUCACGGUGGUGUGGGCGCUGCCAGAGCCCGACCACAAAAUCGACCACUACGACCUGGAGUACCGGCGGACCAAUCACGAGGGGCCGCCCCGCGCGCGGGAGGAACACCCCUGGAUGGUGGUGGAGGGGGUGCGGCAGACUGAGUACACGCUAACAGGGCUGCGCUUCGACACGCGCUACAUCACCUUCCGCGUGAAGGCGUGCAACAGGGCCGUGGCGGGGGAGUUCUCCGAGCCGGUCAACCUGGAGACGCACGCCUUCCUGUUCAAGCUGGAUUCGGGUUCGGCGCACCAGAACCUGCGCGUGGAGGAGAACAGCGUGGAGUGGGACGGGGGCGGGGGGAAGGUCCAGGACAUCCGCAAGGAGAAGACCAGGACCAGCUCCCCCCUGCACUCACCGGCAAGGAGCGCGAUGAUGUCCCCAAAGAGAAUGCCCUCGGCUCGGGCCGGGCGGGACCGCUUCACGGCAGAGUCCUACACGGUCCUGGGCGACACGAUGAUUGACGCGGGACAGCACUACUGGGAGGUGUGGUUCGACAAGGACAGCAAGGCGUUCGGGGCGGGCGUGGCCCUGCGCUCCCUGGGGCGCUUCGACCAGCUGGGCAAGAGCUCCGCCUCCUGGUGCGUCCACCUCAACAACUGGCUGCAGCAGAGCCUGACCGCCAAGCACAACAACAAGGCCCGCCCCCUGGACUGCGCCAUCCCCGACCGCGUGGGGGUGUACUGCGGCUACGAGGAGGGAGUUGUGUCCUUCUACAACGCCCGAACCAAGCAGCCCAUCCACACCUUCAGAACCAGGUUCACGCAGCCCGUGGUGCCCGCCUUCAUGGUGUGGAACGGUAGUUUCUCAGUGCAGACGGGCCUGCAGGUCCCCAGCAUGGUGCUGAACGGGCAGAGGAGAAGCAGCGGCACCAGCAGCUCCAACGCCAGCCUCACCUAGAACCGGGUCCGGACUCCAGAACCGCCACGAACCUCAAUGACCCCCCCCCCGACCCUCGCCCCCCUGGUCCUGGUACGGGCCUGGUGUCAUCAGGGACACUGAACCCAAAUCAGCUCCACCACCUCCCCAGGGCUCCACAAACUAGCCCCCACCCCACCUCCCACAGCCACAGUCUGCCUCCUCCUCUCAUUUCACCCCAUUCUUGUGCCUUUGGGGGGGGUGCCCAGUUCCACCCCGCCCUAACCCACCCCACCCAAAAAAAAAAAAAAAAAAAAAAAAAUCACUUUUUGUGUCAUUUUUUUAUUUUUUAGGUGCUUUAAUCGUCGUAAAAAAAAACCAUCCAGGCAACAUGGCCGCCCUAAAGCAGCCAGGUUUCAGCGAAGACGCGCCUGUAACCACGGGCACCCCUGCGUGCUCACCGCUCAGACGGCUUCAUAGCAGACGCAACCUUAUCGUCACUCGCCCCUCUUAUCACAGCUCUGAGUGCUUUUUGGACUCGAGGCGUUAUCUCGCUUUUUUUUUUUUUUUGAAGUUCAGCAGAAAAUGCCGUGAACUUCCUCCGAUAUAGCGUAGCAGCAGAUUAGCCUCUCUGAAUAGACGGUAGGCGUGUCACCCCUGACAGAAUGUAUUGUGUUUCGCUGCACUGACUGUAAAUAGGUGUGGACCGGCAGUGAUACACUCCUGCCCUGGGGGGACCACCGUAUCACAGUAUCGCAGUGCCUGUAAAUGAUUGGUUGAUUGCCGCAAGUCACCGAUUGGCUAGAGGCCACACACCUUUGUUUCAAGGUCAGAGACGAGUCAGAUUGAAAGGAAGCCACAAAGGAAAAGACGCAAGUCCCUACGGUCCUCCAAGUCUGGAAUUUGACACCCAUGGUGUAGACCACGAGGAGGUAGACCAGCACAUGGACUCUCAGAGAACUUCCAUGAGGUGAUCAUCUUUGAUUGGGGGGGGGUCCACUUAGUCACUGAGGGGGCCCCACCCCCUGCAAAAUGACUAUUCUGCUACAAUAGGGAGAUCAGCUUUAGUGCACUUUCAACACUUCGUGUUUCAGUUCAGGUUAGAUUUGAGAAUGGAUUAGAUCACGCAAGACCUCCGACUGUUAUCGCCUGUUCCUCUCGCUCUUAUGAAGGAGUAAUUCAGUGUCAGUGUGCCAAUUAUGAGUUGUAAUAAUUGUGUAAGAGAGUAAUAAUUGUGUAAGAGGGUUAUGGUUUCAUGCACGACUCAGUAUUUUAACAAUGUAAUCCAGAAUGCUUCCAGGUAAGAACACGAAACUGAUUUUAUUUUAUGAAAGGGUAAGGGGAAAAAGAUCACCUUGUAAAUGCUUUAAUUUCUUACUGUCCCUUCAGGUCAAUAAAGAGACAGUCUGACAACA